AUGGAGGAGGUGGUCUGCGGCGGAUCAGAGGCACAGGGGGACCGUGGGCGCGGCCGUUACGAGGACGCUCGGCAAAUGGACGGUUACAUGCCCACCUUUGAUGGCUCGUGGACCCGCCUGCACUCGUCUUCGUCAUCGUGGUGGCUUUCACACAGCAGAUCCUCCACUGGCUGCAACGCUGCGCCGCCCUCCGCGACGCGACGAGGCGUGUCAGGUACUCCCGGCGCCACUGCGUCCGCCGCAUCGGCUGCCGUGAACCCCGAAGUCGCACCGCAGAACGAGGUUACCCUCAACCUCGCGCGUAACGCGCAGACCCGGUGGCGGGAGCACCGCUUGAGCUACCCGACGCUCCGUGAAAUCGUACACCAGCUUGCGCAGGCGUGCAAGGAGGAGCAGUGGAUGAAGCACGCAUGCUUGUCCGCCAUGAGGGCCGCUGCGGCCGCGCGGUAUGGCGGAAGGACCAGUGAUAACGGCAUCAGCAGCUACCGCUGCUGUGGAGGUGAUGGAGAUGCACACGAUGUUGCUAACAGGACCCAUAACGAUGCGUCACCGAAAGCAGCACCGGCGGCAGCCACGUGUGCCGCUCUCCCAACCCUUCGCACCUCUCUGGACUGGGUGCGGCACCUGCUCUACGUGCCCAUGUACCCCAUCGAAGAAGCGAUCGAGCACCUCGAGCACAAGCAGGACGACGACAUCCUCUUGGCUCUCUUCUACUCCCCCGACUUGUUCAGCGCGUACAACUACGUGCAGUGGAUUGGCCUGAUGGUGACGACGACCUGCUCGCUGCUGCGGGCUGGCGUGCUGGACCCGAUCACGCACAUCCGCGGCGACGACGACGUCGACGGCGUCUUCCCCAGCCGGUUUCCGCCGAGUAAUUCUACGGGAGCCAUGAGGAAUAGCGGCAACCGCCGCCAGCCUCCUCUCUUCUGCCGUGAUCUUGCGCUACCAUCGUUGGAGGGCAUGCUUAGCCCGGGGGACACCACGCACAUGCGCGACAACAAAGUUCGUGUCGCCAUCAUCGAUGGCUAUUAUCCUCUGUGGAACGUCACGCGCACGGUGCGGCGGCACAUGGGCCGCGACACGUUCCACGUGCACGAGCGGUACUGGGGCUUCGGGUCAAACGACGGCGACGACAGCGACCACUAUGCCGAGGCAGAGGCGACCGAGGCAGCGGAGACGGUGGAGGCGCCAACAGCGAGCGGCGUCGGAAGCCUUGGCGUGCCCCUCGAUGUAGAGGGGCAUGAGGAGCUGCAGGCACAUGCGAGCGCGGCGGCGUUCACUGGCUCAUCUGCAUCAACCUACUCGUCGACAUCCGACUCAACAUCGACCGCGCCAGACCCCGCGGGUGACUGGGGACUGACAUCUGCGCAGUACCGCAGUGCCCUUCUCCAUCUGCUCGCCCGCGAAGGUGGCCGGUCGGACGACAUUUGUGACGCACUGAGGUCGAUGUCGUCGCCAGCUCAACGUGGUGACGCUACUAGCAUGGCGGAGACCGCCGAGGACGAGAUUCACGACGCGCGUGCGCAGUGCGACCAAGGCUGCGGUGACAGUCGGCGGGACUGGAGAGAGCAGCAGCGAAACACGCACCGGCCGCACGCCCGUGAAGAUGCGACAGUGCAGACCGCGACGGUGGCAGAAGCGAAGGCAGGCAGUUCAGAGGUAAAAGAGCACACGGAGGCGGCGCGCAAGACGUCCAUCACCGCCGCAACCGCCGACACCUCCUCCACAGCUGCUCCGUUUUUGUCGCUUCACCCUUUCAUGCGUGCAGAGGAGGCACGCUUCUGCCCGAGCGAGGGCAUCCACUUGCUCGCUCGCCACAUCAUCGACGAAAGCGAAACGUUUCUGCUCAACCGCCCCAGCGUCCUCUUGGACGCGCUGCAGAAUUCGCUUCACCGCGUGCGGCAUCGGAGGCAGCUUCUGGUAGAGCGGAUCGUCAGCUGGAGCCAGAGAAUGACGUGCCGGCUGCACGUUAACGUGUCCGCGCAGCGCAUUGACGCGUUGUUCUCAGACCACCUGGGCGAUGCGCGCUAUCAGGCGAUGCCGCACGCGAGUGGGGUUACUGCAUCCGCCGCAGGAGGUGGCGACACCGAAGAGGAGUUGGAGGACGAGGAGGCGAUGGGCGACGACGUCGUCAUCGAUGCUGGACUAGUGCAGAGUGGCUUGAGUGCCAGGACGAGCUACUUCUAUCACCAGCGCCUGUGCAGCUCUCACAUGUCGGCAGCGCUCGACUCUGCAUCGGCGCUGCAGUGCGGAAAGAAGAAACGCCGGUAUCGUCGGAAUGGGCCUUCCGCCCCCAUGUCCCUCUUAACUGAAGCAACGGCUACGCUGUCGACCCCGAAGCUGCAGCCUCAGCAGCACACCGCACCGGCCUCGCCGCCACCUUCUGUUCUGUCGUUCACGCACGACAGUGCCGACGAGUCAUGCGAGUCGCUUGAUGUGCGUGUCGCGGACGCUUCUGUCGCAGCCACCCUGACGACUUUGGCGACGGCAACUGCAAUGGCCUCAGGGGCGCAGGGCGACGGCGGCGACAGCAGCGGCGCAGACAAUGUCAGCGACGACGCAGAGGGCGAGGACGAGGUGCUUGAGGAUGAGGCGUCUGGCUUAGACGACGAUGCGGAUGACGAGUACGGCGCACAUGAGCUGAGCGCGCAGGACAUCGACGGCAUGCGGGAGCUCGAGUCGGAGGAGAAGGUGUUUGUUGUACGCCGAGCGGAUGAAGGAGCUGCUGGCAGGCCCACGGCGGAGGCAUUAUCGAUGUACCCCGACAACGGAGCUUCCGUUCAGGGGGCUGGAUCAGCAUGCGGUGGUGGCGACGCGAGUGGGAGCGCAACCGGCACGCAGGGUCUUUCCGGCACGAGCACCGCGAGGUCUUCCGCCACCUGUGGGUGGUGUCUGCUCGGCACGGCGGCGCAUCGCCACUACCUGCUGCGGCAAAGCCCCCCGGUGCUGCUCUUUCCACGCAAGCAGGGCAGCCGCCCGUACCUCUUUCCGCAGACGCUACUGCGCCUCGCGCACCUGAGAUUCCCAAAGCUGCGAGGGCCGCCGCCGCCGCACGAGCACGCGCGUCCUAUGCGGUCGCGGUGGGGCUGCAUGCCUGUCGCCAGUUCGUCCACCACAGAGGGGGUUGCGGGAGAACCGUCGAUGCCUUGUGGCGGCGCCGCUGCCAAUGGUGGCGGGGGUGGCGACAGCGAAGACGUUCGUAGGGGGCCCAACGGUGCAUGGGCGGUGGCAGAAGGCGAAGGGCAGCCGCAAGGCAGCUCGACACGCUCGGGCCCGCGUCCCCACAACGGAGGUGACGGCAGCAGCGUGGGUGCCGGCGCAGCGUCGUCGUCGGCGUCAGAGGCAGCCUCGCCGACACUACUGCCGACGCCGGCGACGUACCGCGUGAUCAGCGUGCUUGACAACCCGUUCAGUCGCAUCGGGGUGGAGCAUCUGCACUACGACUUUCUGCUCAGCGGUCCGUCCUCGCCGAUGUCGACCGUGCAGCUGCUCGUGGAGGAGUCGAGGCAAGCUUCGGCCCCAGGCGAGCUGGAGGCCUGUACGCAUUGCGAGUCUGUCUACCGCCUGCAACGACGGCAGUGGAUGGAGGCGCGCGCGAAGGCUGCUGAGGUGACUGCCGCGGCUAGCAGCGAUGGGAAGGUCGACAGCGAUGACGGUGCCGGGGGUGCUGGUAGCGCAGACACAGAUAGCGCAACGGAGGCAGUGUCGCGGCAGCUCAGCAGCGAAAUGACUGAGUUCUUCUCGCAUCGACGCCCAACGCACGCGACCGGCGCGUCAGGCGACCACGGCGAACCCCGCAACACCACCGACAGCCACCGAUUGCAUGACCGACUUCACCGCAGUCGCCAGCACCGCCUCAACAGUAGUGUCUGGACCCGUGCCGAGGCGGCCGAGACCUUCUUUAAUCACGACGCCUCCUUCCGCCCUGACCCCGACCGCUUCACCGAGAGCGCCCCGCUGACGCUAGAGUUCUUCCUGCGCACGCCAAUGCACAUCAUCGAGGAAGCGAUCAUCGCGCCACUGCGGCAGCAGGUAAAGACACUGCACCAGCGCUUGCUGGACGCGAUUGUGGAGGAGGCGCUCCGCUACGGACGCUGUGAAAUCAGCGGCCAGCGCUACAUGCAGCUGCUGGCCGACGGCAGCAAUGCUGUGUGCGCCAACGGCACGCGCCAGCCGGCGCUGGCGAAGAGGGUGACGACGCCCGUGGCUGAGUGCUCGGUGGAGGGGGCCUUGGAUGCGGUCACGGAGAGGAGCACCUCGGGCGGGGUGCUGGAUGAUGAUGAGACGCCUGCCAUCCCAUAUGGGUGCACGGACGACGGCAAGCUGCUCCUGCAUUCGCUUCGCCACAGCGCCGCGUUGUCCGUAUGGCGCCUUACAGCGGACCUUCAGCAGCAGCUCUUGCAGGCCCUUCGCGCCAGCCGCGCCAGGACCUCGGCAUCCGCGUCGCACCCUCCCUCGAACGACGACGAGAUGCGCGAGCCCAUCCCACUCCCCCGUGAUCUCACCUCUGUUGUGGAGCUGCUGCACCAGCCGCACGAUGUGCUCCACAGUAGUCCACCCCAGUUCCGGUCUUCGUCAUCGUCAUCCUGUUUUUCGGAGCUCUCAGUGUUGCGGACCACUGAUGCCGCAGACCCGGCCACGGCACCAACAAGUGGCGCCGGCAGCACGAAUGCGGGCGAGGAAGACGGCGACGGCGACGACGACGCGGGCACGCCGUUCUUCCUUGCCCAUCUUUUCGGGUGGGAGCACGACGCUAUGGGCCUCGACAUGUCCCACGGCGGGUCGGCGGCGAGGCAUCAGACGUUCCUCCAGCGUCGGCAACUGCAGGAGCGCCUGUCCAUGCUGCAGGUGGCGGUGCGCGCGCUUCUGAAGCGGUCGAGCCCGUGGUCGAUGGACUCGUUCUUCCAGCUGAUCUCGGUCGAGCCAGGGGCGGCGCUGCUCGUGGAGACGUCGCCGCGGCCACCCGAGCCCGCCGCCACCACGACACCGGGCGACGGCUCUGAACCGUCUCCGUCACCAUCAAAGCCACCAGAUUGCCUGGGGCAGUACAACGCCAGCUACCUCGCGGUCGCGUACCUCUUCUUCAACGGCACCGCCGAGGCGUACUUCCGCACCCACUCCCUCAACCAGCGUCGCAUGCACUUGCUGCACCGGCUCGACGAGGCGGUGCGGCUCUCACUGAGGGCGCGCUUGAUCCUAUUAACGGCGACAGAGGAGGACUACCGGGCGCGCCACGUCGAGACCGCGAUUCAAGACGCGGCCCGACGCCACUGCAUCUUUCGGCGUACUCGCUCCUCUCACGAGGAGAAGCAGUCCUUCCCGUCUUAG